UAAGUCAUUUUGGAUCCAAGGCCUCUCUCUCUCUCUCUCUCUCUCUCUCUCUCUCUCUCUCUCUCUCUUUCUGGAUCUAGAGCGUCUCCUCUCUUCAAACCCUAAUAUGAAAAUGCCCCCUCUGUCUUAAUUUUUUAUUUUUCUAAACAAAAGCAAAAUUUUCUUUUUUGGCGGGACAAGUGGAGGAUUUUCAAUUAAAACACCUAAGAUUUCAAAACCCUAGCUACCAGUUUUUCUUAAUCCGAUUCCGAUCGUAUUCGAGCUAGGGUUUACUUUUUCUUUCCCUUUUCUCUUUUCAUACCGUUCGGUUGUUGGUGAAUCAACAGAUGUCUCGGUGUUAUCCGUUUCCUCCACCGGGGUACGUAAAGAACGGUAUCCGCGAUGAGGCACUGAUUGAAUCGAUUAAGAUUCAGAGAGAAGAAAAGAAGGCCAAGAAAGAAAGGAAGAAAGAAAAGAGAGAGAAGAAAGAGAAGAAACGGGAGAAGAAAGACAGAGAUAAUGUCCGGGACAAUGGACAAAUUGAAAGUAAAAAACAAGGUCAUAAGAAAAGGCAUAAAGAUGAGAGGAGCCAAGAUGAUAAAAAAGGAGGAGAUCAUCAUAAGAGAAGAGAUAAUGAAGUUGAAAGUUUUGAGAAGAGUACGCUUACUGAAGAACAUGGUCAUGCAGUGGGACCCCAGAACUCUUCCGAUAGCACCCUUAACAGCAACGAAAUACAGAAGAUCAUCUCAGCUCCUGACAGUGGGCAUAUUCCUGGAAGCAUUAUCCGGAUCCGUUUGCCUUCUCAAAGGCAUAAAGAUCCUGAAGUGCUGCCCAGCAAGGAACAGCCUUGCUCUACCUCAGGAAGGAUUGAUGAUUCCUUUGUUCAAGCGAUGCAUGAGCAUGCUUCUAGACCAGGCAGAGAACUGGAAAAACGUCCUUGUUCUACUUCCAGUAUUGGACGAUCAGAACUAACUUUCAAGCUCAGCAAAGAAAAACCUUGCUCUUCUUGCGCAUCAGAAAGUCUUGGUAACAAGGCUGAGGCAUUUUUGCCAUCAAACUUGUGUGGCAGUUGCUCUCCUACGCUAGCUUUAGAAUUCAAAAUUCUUGUGGAGGAUUGGGUGGUGCCUACACUGCAGACUGAGUGGACCAGUUUUGGUGAUGAGGACUGGCUGUCUCAGAAGAAGCAGAAUCUCAAUGGUAGGGUUGAACGCAGCAAAGAUGGAAAUGUUGGCUUGAGUCAAAUGAACUCAACAACUUGGCCACAUGCUUGCUACUUGCCCGAGGCUGAUAUAUAUGCUUUACCUUUCACAAUACCAUUCUAAAAUGUGUGCAGAGGAAAAGGCGUGCAAAAGUGCUGAAAGGGGUGGUUAUGGUCUUUGUUCUUGGUGCUGAAAGUGUGAAGUGUUUGUUGCCGGCAUUUCAGCUUCUUCUUUCGUUUGGUGUGGGGACUUGGACCUCAAUUGACAAGGAUAAAUUUUGUGCGGCGACCCUUACAGGAAAAUGGCUACAGAGGCUUUUUCUUUUUUAUGUUUUAUUGGUGAAAAAGAGUAUUGGUGAAUCAGAGGUUCAAUUCUUUACAGUAAUACGAGUAUUAUUCUUUGUUCA